AUGGAAGAACUCAACAGCGAUGGCUUAGAAACGUCCUCAACCAGACAAAGAAAGGAUCCAUCUCUUGAGUCCAAAACUGAACGUUUAAAGCCUCCUCACUCAUACAUCGCGCUCAUCGCAACCGCGAUUUUAAACUCGCCAGGAAAGAGACUGACACUCACGGAGAUCAACGAGUAUUUGGUUCAGCACUAUGCCUUUUUUCGAGGCCCGUACCAGGGAUGGAAAAAUUCCGUGCGGCAUAACUUGUCGUUCAACAAGUGUUUUGUUAAGAUUCUGCGCGACCCCGCGCGUCCUUGGGGCAAGGAUAAUUACUGGACAGUUAGUUCUCUGCACGAUUAUCUCUUAGCUGAUGGGACGUUCAGGAGAAGAAGAAGAAGAAAACCCAAAAGAAGAGAUGAGAGAAAUGAGUUAGGCCACAACAUUCUAUCAGGGCAGAUUUCGCCGCGAAACGACGUUAGAGAGUUUGGGAUGCACGAUAUGCAAAGAAACAUUCUAAUGAUGCCCGCUCCUUUUGAAGCCGUCAGAGCGCACUCUGGCGUCGUACAUGGUUUGCACAAUCCUGCUGCUCCCAAACAGUUUCAAGGAUCCUUCUCUAUCGACAGCAUUUUAGCGGACGAAAAGACGAGGGCAAAGGACAGAGCGCGCGCGAGAAGAACGAGUGAAACAUUUCCUGUUACAAGUGUGCUUAAUCCAAACAUUGGUAAGUUGAAUAGUGAAUUGAAAUUUCCGGUGUUUCGUUUUAAGUUUACUUUUUCCGGGAGUGGGCUCAGUCAUUUGUGCGAGCAUAAGUGUUAUGUUGAUUGUGAAAUUGUUUCCAAUCCCGUCUAAACCAAAUGCGCGUUUGAUCAUUCGGUCAUAAGGGGAACCGUCACAAAGAAUCUCACUAGGUAAACAGUCUGCAUUUAUCGUAAACUUGUUCAAAUCACAAAGCAGUUUAAUUCAUUAACAAGGCAAUAUUUCUGCAAUAAUUACAUAUUUCAAAUCAGAGCACACUUUUUUUGGUGGCCAAAUUCAGUGAAGAUUAGAUACCCAGCGACGUGGUAAAGGUGUAGGCGGAGGAUGUUCGUACAGUGAACAUACCAUUUUAAAGCGUCGUGUAAAAAAAUAAUUCGAAUAAAAUUCAAACACACUUGACCCUAUUGAAUAGUCUUUUUCCGUAUGUAAACUCGAGUGAAGAUUUACAUGUUGUUGGUAAUUCAUAAGAAAGUCCAACAGUUUACAUCUCAAGAAAAAUUAUUUUGCGCGUACUUCUAGCACAAAGUGGCAUCGCCUUAAAAGCUCUAAUUUCAGAUGUAGUUUUGACGUAUAUUUCCCGCACCGUUUUGUAUCAAUAUCCAACGUGUUAAAUGCUAUUUUGUAAACUGUGGCCUCUUUUCCAUUCCUGUGGCACACGCCUUACUGAAAGAUGCAUACUGAACAGUAUUAACCUCUGAAUAGAAUGGGCGUACUCGAAACCAAAGGACUUAAAGGAAACCGGAGCCAACAAUUCUGGCAAUUUUAUUUACACAAUUAUAUUCAUCCAAUAUGUUUGUAAUUUGCGGCCACAGAAUAGUUAAAUAACCUUUUUUCAUGAAUAGUGUGAUUGCACUAAACUGAGUUUGCUAAAAGUAGUUGAUUAACCACGCUGAAAGUGAGUCGUAGCAAGUUCCCAGUGGUAGUUCUUCCAGCACAUUCUAUCAGCUGCAAUCAAGACCCUCCCGCUCUGUAUAAAUGUUUUAAAGUAAUCUUUUUUUGGCAUGGAUUCUGUAUAAGAACAAAAAUCAUCUAAAGAAUAAUAGGCGCAAACAAUGGCCAAAAUGAUACAAAAUAAAAUAAAAUAAGUAGUUGAAGCAAAAUAAAACAGGCCAGUUCUAUGUUCGGGUAUGCCGAGAUGGUAAGCUGGACAAGAUCAAUGAACAAACUUAGACGUUUGUUAGAGAACAAGUCUUCGAGAUCAAAAGGAAGAAUAAGAACUAUCUGAUAUGUUCGCUUUAAUUUUUAGUUUCUUUUUCAAAAAUAGCUUCCAACAAUGCCUAAAACUGAAUUGACCUUCGUACAAUACUUAUGUCGUAAGAGGUUUCAUAUAUAGCCAACUCGCAACUGAGCUUUGAAGUUAACCAAGUGAAGUCAGACUGCAGUAACAAGAACACUAACAGGUAUCUAUGAAACUAAUUUUGAUGAAAAGUUACAUGGCAUCCGAACUGUGGUCCUUAAAUCGUUUUUCUAGCAAAACACGUAAGUUUAGAGUUUAAUGGUGGCGGUAUACGUAGGGGAACAAGGGUGAAGUGGAAUAAUCAGCCUAGAUCGGAUGUGAAUGAAAUGUUUACGCAUCGAAUCUCAAACUUUAAACCUUAAAAUAAACUGAAUUCUCUUGAUUUGAUGACUGAACGCUCACAGCAGGGUCGCCAAGUGAAAAAUGUGCUGAAGGGAUCAUUCAUAAAUUCCAUCUAUGUCAAAAAUCGUGAUUGCGUCCAGCAUGCAAAAAAAAGAACCUAUUGUGCACUUCAUUUGCAGGAUUAACAUGUAGGCAGCAAGACCAAGAACAAUUUGUUUUAGAAAGGCCAUUUGUUUGCCAUAAUGUGGGUCUUUUUCUGCAUCCAGUCAUACAGUUAUACUAUACUAUUAAUUCUUACUUGCUACCUAAAUUUAAUAUUGUAAUUUGUGGAUUGUCCAUGCAAAUUUUGCGAUGAUCAGUUCAGGAAAAAGGACCCGGCUUGUUCGCAGAUCGUCGUAGAUCUGAUCUAAAACCCAGGUUGAUGACGAAAAGAAGAAUUUACAUAAACGUUGGUUACCAUCUUAUUAUAAUUUAUCAGGCGUUUUUAGCGAAUUCUCGAGUUGUAUUUUCCUUAGUUGUUUAUUUCCUUAGUUUUGCCAGUUGUCUUUAAAUAAAUGUUUCGUUAUAUAUCAAAUGAUACCGAAUAACUGAAGCCUGUCUGUCUAGGUUGUUGAGAUCAUGAAAGUGGGCUCGAAACGCAUAAAAAAAAACAAUACUCAAGCAUACACAUGAAUGAGUGUGACUUGCAAUGAGUAGGUGAAUCAAUCAUUCUCACAGAACCGAAUAGGAUCGUGGCUCAGAGAAACAGUUAAACGUACUUAACUUGGUUCUGGACCAACAGAGUUAAAACGUGCCUAGUACGAUCGAACCUCCGUCAACAGCCACCUUUCUACAACGGACACUCAGUCUGUUUUUUUGUCCUGGCGGACAAAGAACCCAUACAUUGAUUCUUGUUUAAACCUCUCUAAACGUCGGCCACCUAUUUACAAUGGCCACUUUCCUCUGUCCCCAAGGUGGCCGUUGUAGAGUUCAACUGUAGUUGAAAUUACUACAUCUUUGGCAACUCAAAAGAGAGCUUUUUCAAAGUUAUGCCUUUCCGUGCUGUUGAUCUGUAUUUUCAUUGAAAUCUGGCAAGUUUUGGGUGGUGAAUUGUUGUUUUAGUAGGGAAGUUUGAAGUCUCGACGUACGAACUAUGCAUCAACACGAAAAAGCGAUGACAAGGCUGAGUUGUUCAGUUUAAUAAACGGGGAAAAAAAAUAUUUAAGUUGAAAAAAUUAAUCAUGGCACUGUCACCAACUCGAGGACGACAAUUAAAGCAAUCAGCGCAAUCGUAGCCCUUGUCGACUAAAGACACUAAACGGUCUUGUCCAAGCUUACUCUUGAGUUCAGGCCAGCUAAUAAAUCAUAGUAGUAAGACCACUUAACACUUCCUUCGUUGGUUUGACACUGAGGCAAAUCUUACGUACGCUGUUACGCAGCAGAACCUUCUGCCCUCUUUUUAUUUUUUGCGCUGAGGUAAGUGAAGUACAAUCUGAUGAGAUAUGUCUUUGUUUUGGAAGAGGUUAGAACAUUUUCUUUUAAGAGAAGACUUGAUGUAACUGUUCAUAAUAAAAGCUGUUAACUUAAGCAGGACUGAUCAUUUUUCUUUCCUUCUUAAUAGGAUCGUUCUCAGCGUCUAGAAAUGUUGUGCACUACUGUCGCGGCCCUACUCAUCAAGAACCAUCUCUUCACUAUCAGAGACCUGAACAUUUAUGCACACCGGUGAGCCCCAACGCUUUUACAAGCGGAUGCGGUGGUGCCGCAGAGAUGUGGACUUCAUUUGCAUGCCAGUGCUAUCAUUCCUGUGCUGCCUCGACUCAUUUUCACGCUUGUUACUGA